AUGCGUUUUGCUUUUAAAGAUGUUCAGCGUGUAGCGGUUGUUGGUGAUGGACCUUCUGGGUUGUCAUUUUUAGCGAUCGCGGCUUUGCGUGGUCAUAAAUCUAACAUGGCUAAGAUCAUCCCAAGAGAGGGAGAACUUCAUGAGACGCGUUGGUACUCUCAAAAGCAAUUGAAGUCCAAUGGUGUCAAUGUCAAAAUUGGACGUCGUGUUGAAGCUGCAGAUCUGACUACGGGAGGCUCUUACAAGGUGGUUAUGGAUUCUGGUGUACUGCCUCGGCCCCUUAAAAUCCCAGGUGGAGAUCAUCCUAUACAUCCACGAUUUGAAAAAAAUCAGAAUUGGGCAAAAGAUUCGACGUCGCCGAAUUUCUCACGUCGCUUGCGAGUCGACAAGCUCGAGCGUCGAAUUCCACUUCGAGAAUUGGAGAAGCCACUACAAGAGAAGUAUGUCACUGUAUAUCGAAUCGGUAGUGCCGAUGAGGCUGAAGAGGUGGAUGCAAAGCGUGCUGUCGAACAAGGUGCACGUUUGGCUGCCAGGAUGGAGGCGGCUAAGCCUGGUGAUGCGCUCGAGGUGCAACCGCCUCUGUCUGCCAAAAUCUUUGAGUUUGUGAGCAAGUUGUUAUAA